CCUUGAUAAAAACAAAAGCUCCCUGCAAACGUUAAAGCCUGCCGCCGGAGACUGGUUGGUCAUCCAAUCCCGCCAGCCCAACUCGAGGCCACAGCCAAUCCACAGCGAGGGUGUCAAGGUUGGCCUGUGGGAGGUGCCAGGAGUCAUGAACAGGAUCCGGAUCCACGUGCUGCCUUCCACCCGGGGGCGCCUCACCCCCAUCCCCAGGGUGCAGGAGACCCUGGCCUGCUCUUUCUCCCACCGCCCCUGCUCGCAGCCCCGACUGGAGGGCCAGGAGUUCUGCCUCAAGCACAUCCUCGAGGACAAGAAUGCGCCCUUCAAGCAGUGCAGUUACGUCUCGUCCAAGAACAGCAGGAGGUGCCCGAACGCAGCGCCCAAACCAGAGAAGAAGGAUGGGGUGGUCUUCUGCGCCGAGCACGCCCGGAGGAAUGCCCUGGCCGUGCGGGUCCCGUCGAAGAAGCCCAGCUCAGGCCCCUCCCCAGAAGUGCUGCUCACCCAGCUCAGCAGCUACCUAAAGGGUGACCUGGGCUCCCAGGGGCAGGACAGCAGCCAGAGCGAGGCGAGCAAGAUCCUCGAUGAGGACAGCUGGAGCGAGGGGGAGCCCGAGCCGGUGCUCCUAGACCAGACGUGGAAGGGCGACCCCGACAGCGAGGCCGACAGCAUCGACAGCGACCAGGAGGACCCGCUGAAACACGCGGGAGUUUACACAGCAGAGGAGGUGGCACUGGUGAUGCGGGAGAAGCUGAUCCGCCUGCAGUCGCUCUACAUCGACCAGUUCAAGCGGCUGCAGCACCUGCUGAAGGAGAGGAGGCGACGUUACCUGCACGCCUGCAGGCCCGAGAGCGAGGGGGCCGGGGGCAGCCUGCUGCCCAGCCCGGAGCCUGUCCCCCCCAAGGAGCGGGUGGACCUGCGGAAGCUGAGGGCCCUGCGACGCUACCGUCGGCGCUACGGGGCAGAGGCGCUGCUGCACCGGCAGCUGAGGGAGCGGCGGGCGCUGGCCAGUGACGGGGGUCCGCAGCAGGCACACACCUCCCGGGUGACGCAGCGAUGUGGGGUGGUCACCGAUGGGGUCCGAUGCUCUGCUCCCUCCCUCCCGCUCAGCAGGCACUGUCUCACCCACAUCUGCCAGGACCCGAGCCAGGUGCUGUUCCAGACGUGUGCCGGAGUGAAGGAGGUGCCCUGCACCAAGCCGGUGUCCCUGAGCCUGGGCGAGGAGCCCUGCUGCCCCCUGCACCUCCAGGUGCCCCCGCAGAUGUACCAACCCGAGCCAGCCUUCUGCGCCACCGAACAGUUGGAGAGCGGCCCAGCUGACAUGUACCUGAGUGCAGCCGAGCUCCAGCCCUCUGAGGUGCUGCCACUGGAGUUCAGCGAGGACUGCCUGGAUGUGGUGGGUGACAGCCUGCAGUGCCCACCCUCACCACUCUUCGAUCCUGCCCUGGGCACUGGGGCCCAGUCAACAGAUGAGUCAGACUUGGCAGAGGCUCCCUCGCAGGCGGUCUCCCGGACCCACAGCACCAGAGACCACAACGGCACCAAGGACGAGAGCUGAACGUGAGGCCACUCCCUCCGAGAAAGGCCUCCAUGGGACACUGACGGGCAGGGUGGGGGUGCUUCCCUCCUUGGAUCCACAGUGAGGGCUGUUCCUUCUCCCAGGCGACCACCUUCCCGGUGCUCCUCUUCCCGCUCGCCACACUAAAUCUUCGAGCAUAUACCCCCUGGGGGUAGGGUGUGGUCUUGACACCAUCAGGUCUCAGGACCUCCUCCCUCCCCACAGCCGGGGAGCCUGUCAGCGACGUUGUGGCAAAGCGUUGACCAGAGGGGUGGCGGUAUGCGCACUAGUUACAUUAAAGGCUUUCCAGGAGA